GGCGGGCGCGCGCGGCGAGGUUUUACCGUAACGCCGCGGCCGGCCUCCGUGGGAGUCGCGGCUGGGGGCUGCGCGUCGUCUGCUCCGGCUCCGGCUCCGGCUCCGGCUCCGGGUGCGCGCGCCGUCCCCCCAUCCGCAGACCGACUUCCGCCCGGCCCCGCCCAGCGUGAGGGGCGCGCGGCCUGCCGGAGCCCCCGGAGACUUGGACCGCUGAGCGGGAGGAGGCGGCGGGAGCGCGAGCUCCGACCAGCGUCUCGGCGGCGCCGCGGACACCCAUCGGUAUUAAAGCCUAGAGGCUCACCUGCCUAUUGAGUUUGGAGCGCAUGCGGUUCUGUUGGAAGUGCUGCAGAGCCGGCGCCAGGCCUUCAUCACGCUCAGGAGGAGAGUGAGUUUUCAGCGCUCAAGCCAGCAAACCACCAGCCAGGAGUGCAAGCUGUCACCUGUUAUGAUUGAACAGGAAGGACUCUGAGUUCCGUCCUGCAGUGGAAGGUGGUUGAGAAAGGAAGUCUGCGGCCUCCUGAGCUCUGUGACUACAGAGGUUGACUCCAGAGCAUCUUUCCUAUGAGAGGUUCUCAAGCUUUCAAAACUCGGGUACUAAUAAAAGAACUUUCAUCUGGGAAGUAGAAGUCGCUUCUGACCGAUUGCUUCUGAAUCUCUUUAGGAUUUACAGAUGGAUUCCGUGGAAAAGACAACAAACAGAAGUGAACAAAAAUCAAGUAGAAAGUUUUUAAAAAGCCUCAUCCGGAAACAGCCCCAGGAACUGCUCCUGGUCAUCGGGACGGGAGUCAGUGCCGCCGUGGCCCCAGGGAUCCCCGCCCUGUGCUCGUGGAGGAGCUGCAUCGAGGCCAUCAUCGAGGCCGCGGAGCAGCUCGAGGUGCUGCACCCCGGGGAUGUGGCCGAGUUCCGCAGGAAGGUGACCAAGGACGGGGACCUGCUGGUUGUCGCCCAUGACCUGAUCCGGAAGAUGUCCCCUCGCACGGGCGACUGCAAGCCCAACUUCUUCCAGGACUGCCUGCUGGAGGUUUUUGACAACCUGGAGCAGCACAUCCAGAGCCCGCUGGUGCUGCAGGCCAUCCUCAGCCUGAUGGAGAGGGGCGCCAUGGUGCUGACCACCAACUACGACAACCUGCUGGAGAUCUUCGGGCAGCAGCGCAACAAGCCCAUGGAGUCUCUGGAUCUGAAGGACAAGACCAAGGUCCUUCAGUGGGCUAGAGGACACAUCAGAUACGGAGUUCUUCACAUUCACGGCUUAUACACAGAUCCCUGCGGGAUGGUGUUGGACCUGUCGGGAUAUAAAGACGUUACUCAAGACCCAGAAGUCAUGGAAGUUCUUCAGAACUUGUACCGCACCAAAUCUUUUCUGUUUGUGGGCUGUGGAGAGACCCUUCGUGAUCAGAUAUUCCAGGCCCUCUUCCUUUAUUCGGUGCCGAACAAGGUGGAUUUGGAGCACUACAUGGUUGUGCUCAAGGAGAACGAAGACCAUUUCUUUAAGCAUCAGGCAGACAUGCUUCUGCAUGGGAUCAAAGUCGUGUCCUACGGGGACUGUUUUGACUAUUUUCCGGGGUACGUGCAAGACCUUGCCACUCAGAUCUGCAAACAGCGAAGUCCAGAUGCCGAUCGAGUGGACAGCACCACGUUGUUCGGUAAUGCAUGCCAGGACUGUGCAAAGAGGAAGUUAGAAGAAAAUGGAAUUGAAGUUUCAAAGAAACUCAGACAAUCAGAUACUGUGCACUUACGUUUUCUGACCUCUCGAUAUGAAGAUGCAGCUGUGACGGCCCCUACCCUUCUCACCUCCCCUUCCUCGUCUCACUUCCCGAAGCCCACCAGUGUUUACAUCGCCAGUGUUGAUCAUCAUGGUCACGGACUGAGGGGAAAGAAGCCCUCCAGUUUGUCUAUAGAUGAUGCUGGAGGGUCUUGAAAUCUUUAAAACCAAUAAAACCUGCAACUUGAAAACCAGCCUUCUGUAACCACAGUGCCAUCCCAAACGAUGAGGAAUGUUAGAGAACUCCACACAGGACCUCUUGAUCCUGAACCGUCAAAUACCCCAAAAGAGCCAUGUGGGUGUGUGGCCCUCAGAGGCUGGGUGAGGGAGUUAGGCAUUGUGUUGAACUGUUUGGGAGGUGACGCAUACACACGGCAGGUGUCCUUUGUGAGGACUGAUACACAACUACCUCAGGGACCAAAUCAGUGGGCAGGGACAUACCUGGUUUUCCCGACUCCCAUUUGAUAUGCCCUCUGUCAGGUGGUUUUUUUCUCCCAUAAAAGGAGGAAAGUAAAGACUGUCCAAGCAACAGUAGUUGCCAAAGAGAAAAUAAGACACUAGACACUUAAAUUUUAUAAUCUUUGUGGAAACAUCUGUUAGUGUAGAAAAAAAAUUAGAAGUGUGUUUGUUACAUUGUUAAAUAGUAAAGAAGGUAUGGAAACUGGAGGCACUGAGUCUGCCAGUGAGAGCGGUAUGUUUUAAGAAUGACUUGACCUGUAGGCUUCUUUGGAGUUGUGUAAUUUCAGUUAGUACUUGGUCUCUAAAGAAUGGCAGGUCUAACUGUGACUCAGAAGUGAAGUCUCCAGGAGCCAGAGGGCCUUUUCAAAAGCACAGGUCAGUGUCCAAGUGUGUCAUGCGAUGGAUAACUGAGAAAUUACAAGUGGAGCACAAGACCAAGUUCUAAACUUUUAGUUAAAUUCCAAGCUUUCCAAGCCUUUAUUCUAUGGGUUAAGGUCCAACCCUUCUGUUCUUCUCUCUUAAAAUCCUCUCCCCACAACCCAUAUUAAAGGAUUUGCACUGAGUGAAGUAGGCAAAACUUGUCAAGGGUCUGUAACACUUUAGACUUUGUCAGGGUUCGCGCAGGGCAGAUGGCGUGCUGAGCUGCAUGCUCGUGCCCAGGGAGUUGCUCUGUGGCCCUGGCGCUGUCCCUACUUGGUUUCUGUGUCAAGGCUGCCUUUUAGCUCCCCAAGGGUUUAGGGAAAGUGAAGCAUGAAGUUGGGAUGUGUAGGGAAUGAGAGAAAAGCCAGAGAGUUGGUUAAGACCUUUUUUGUUUUUUUGUUUUUUGUUUUUUUUAUUAGUUUCUGCUUUAUAACAAAGUGAAUCAGUCAUACAUAUACAUCUGUUCCCACAUCCCUUCCCUCAUGCAUCUCCCUCCCUCCCACCCUCCCUGUGUUUUUCUUUGUGAAGCAUGGAAAACAAACCUUUUAUGUUAUUCUGGUCAGAAAUAAAAUUUUAUCUUCAAUUCCGUUUGCUCAACUUUUCUUUAGUUAUGACAA